AUGAGAUCUUUUAUGAAGGUACAUCUGCGAAAUUCCGCGUCCUCUUUGGACAAGGAAUCCCAGACGCCCAACAGCAGUACACACGGUCAUAGUCAUGACUCCCCUUCUUUAGCGUUGAUGAAUUCAUCCAUCGUUAAUGCAGAUGUUAGUACUAGUUCGAGCGCAAUCACUAGUACGACGUCAUCGCCCAUCAAAAAGCUGCUUAGCCCUAUAAGAUACCCGAAGAAGAAACAUUCCACAGUCAGUUUACCGGGGUUACCUCAGUCGUCACCCAAGUUGGUCACAAAGUCCAGCUUCACCUCGCUUACCAGUGCUGCGUCCAACGGUACCUCCAACGCUUCCGGUGGUACAGGAUUCUUUUCCAGACUUAAGCAGCACGAGAGGCACUUUAGUGGAGAACUAGGACGUGUUGGUUUUGAUCGCCACAGUUUGGAAUCAAACGAAAAGCCUGUAUUAACGUGCGAUUCCUAUUCUUUCAAUUGUGCGGACUAUAUGUCCGGGUCUAUUGUGGCAUCUGUUCCCACUCACUUAAUGGUUAAUACUAGUGCUACUGAUACUGGUGUCCUUGAAUCUCCUACAACCAUCUUCGGCACCAAAACUCAUACUUGGGGCUUUGAUGAUGGUUCGAAUACACUUCAUCCUGGCCUAGUAAAACCUCCUAUUCCUGUGAAGUUGAGGAGUUUUGAGAAGGCUACAGGAGCCACAGGUACUAUGGAUAGCACUCCGGAUCACAAGAAUUCUGUCAGUUUUGUGAUAUCUGCCAAGCCUAAAAGACCAAAAAAGGACCGGACGAAAAGAUAUGGUUUUGUAGAAGACGAUGAUGUUGACGGAGAGGAUGAUGGCAAUGAUGACGAUGAGGUUUCGUUGGAUUCUGAUACCAGUUCGCAAUUUUCAUUUCAGGCUGGUGGUCGUAAUGCUUCCAUAAAGUACUACAAAUCCAAAGAUCAAAUUCGUAAGGAGCUGGAGGAAGAUAAGGAGAAGCAGAGUUCUGAGAACUUUAUGCAAUUCAUUAACUCUUGUGAGCCUUUGAAUGAGUUGGAUGAUGAUAUGAAUUACGUUGAUUUUGACGCAAGAGACGACACUGAUGAUUUGUUUAACAGAAGGAUGUUUUCAGAUGAUGAUGAAGAUGGGGAAGAAGAGCAUGAAGCAAGUUCAAGUCCGAAAGAAGGUCCAUCUGCUAAGCUCGAUUCAGAUGAUGGACCGGUUCCCUCGUCUUCUCCCAUUGAUCAGAAUGCGCAGAUUAGCAUGUUAUUACAACAACUUCGGGGUUCCUCGAUAGAAGAUAAGGCUGUUAGUUCUGAUGCCAUAGACUAUUGUAAGGUUCUUCAGCAUUCAACGGUUCCAGAAGAGGCUAUUAUAACUGAAUUACCACAACAAACUCUCAAUGUUUUAGAGCGUGAAACAAAUGAAGAUGGCGAGUCCUGCAUCUCUUUCAGUGAAGGCAAACCUCAAUCAGAGCUUCAUCCAUCGUCUUCUGAUUCAGUGAGAUAUAUGCACUCGGGGCCUCCCCGCAUUAGGAGCCUUAAAUACAAUCAGAUAGGUUCUGAUUUCGAAGAAGAUAAUUUGAACAAUAUCAAGAACAAAUACUCCUGGCUUCCUGGUGAAGAAAGGAAUAAGUCAAAGUCAAUUGACGACAAUGACAAUGAAUAUAUGGCACAAUUUCCAAGCGUGGAUAGUUCAAUGCUUGAUGAGGUUAACGAGAUACCGGAUGAGUAUGACUAUGAAGUCAAUUACGAUGAUCAGGGUAUUAAAUGUGGCAAUAGUCACGAUACUCUCUCUAGAUCAUCUUCGGCUCCUAAUAAUAAUACUCAAUCUGGUUUGGUGGCUGCUGGAAUUUCUGGCAAUCGGAUUAGCUUGAAUGAAAAGACAAUCACUCUGUUUAAUCCAAUAUCUCCUCCUUCAGAGUCUAAGUCUCCUGAAAACAUUCAGCUCUCUGAGCAUGCUCAAAUACCUUGUCUUCAUCCAGCAUUGAGGAAGCAUUAUUAUACCGAAUUUUUGAAUAAUGGUGGAAGGCCGUUGGGUGGAUUUUCCAGUAGAUACGAUGAAAUUUUGGGUGAUGACAAUCAUGACUUUAAUACGAAUGAUAUCAAUGAUGAAGAAGACGAGUUUACGUUCUUUUCCCCCAAGAUAUCGGAUGCAAAUAUUGGUGAGAGCUCUUUUUUGACAACCAUUACAGAAGCAUCCAAUGAAGACUUUCAACCGCAGCAUCAGUGA